AUGGAGGCGAGGGCCGACUCUGUGACAGAUAGAGAAGGAGAAGAAGGACGGGCUUGUAGGCAUCCUUUAAUCGCCCUCCACGGACCCUCCGAGGCAUCAACAACCGCAACGGGCAGCAGAGCGUGGACAGCCAGUGGAGAAAAGCCCUUGCACAGCGUGGGUCUGCAACUGAGAAUAUGGAAUAAAGUGAUUGCGGCGGUCUGGUUCCACGCCAAGUGUGCGUCCUCUGUGAACUUCGCGAUGGCCGCUUCUGCUGCUUCUCUGGGGGAAGUUGGUGGCGUCCUGCACGGCAUCGACGGUAUCGCGCACGUCGGAUCCCAUUUCCUCCUGACCCCAAUCGCGGACAGUCCGCCGACGCUGCUGGGGGAGCAACUCUUACCCGGGGACAGAUUGUCGCGCAGCUCGGCCGCGGAUUUAACGCACCUCAAAGGGAUCUUGAGGAGGAGACAGUUGUACUGCAGGACUGGUUUCCAUCUCGAGAUACUUCCGGAUGGCACCGUGCAAGGGACCAGAAAGGACCACAGUCGUUUCGGUAUUUUGGAAUUCAUAAGCCUUGCCGUUGGCCUCAUAAGCAUCCGAGGAGUGGACAGUGGACUCUAUCUGGGGAUGAAUGACAAAGGAGAGCUAUAUGGCUCUGAGAAGCUGACAGCUGAAUGCGUCUUCAGGGAACAGUUUGAAGAGAACUGGUACAACACAUACUCGUCCAACCUCUACAAACACGGAGACAAAGGGACGCGUUACUUUGUGGCUUUAAAUAAGGACGGGACACCAAGGGAUGGGACUAAAUCCAGGCGGCAUCAAAAAUUCACACACUUCUUGCCCAGGCCUGUUGACCCUGAUCGCGUGCCAGAACUAUACAGAGACAUCCUGGGCCACAGCUGAGACCUGCCAAGAUCUGCUCCAGAGCGGGAAUAGCUGCUGCCGCCCUCACACGCAGGCAGCGGGCAAUAUGGGAUGGAUACAGGCAGUGCAGGCUGGAGCACAGCGAGCCAACCGGCAGGUAUAAAGGCACCGGGGCCCCUUCUAGGAAUGCACGGGCAUCUCUCAGCAGCCACAGACAGGCGAGACUGACUCUGUCAGUCUGCACGCUCAGCAUGAGAGGGUCAUUUUGUCAGUGUGGACGGAAGAAUCUCAAAGUACCUGCGAGGAAUAGGAGACCAAGCGGAAGCGGCAUAUUCUAUGUCUCUGGUGGGAGACAUCCGAUGAGUUUGUGGGAACGUGUUUAUUGGGAUGCUUUGGUCUGUUCCGGAGGACUUUGAAGGAAAACAGUGACAGAAGAGCUAAAGUGUACCGAUUUAUUUAUUCCUUUUAGAUUCAUAUAUUUAUGUUAUAUAUUUAUUUAUUUGAGAAUAUAUUUUUACAUUUAUAUACAUGCAAUAUAGAGAAACUACUAGAAACUGUAUGAAUUAUGUAAAGACUGAAACACUGUACCAUAAUUGUCUUUUAUCCAAAGCUCCACAAUACUGUAGUACCACCAAAGAUAUGAACAAUAUUAGUAUUUUCAAUGCAUUUCACCACAAGUGUCAGUCACCAUUUAAUUAACCCAUAUGGCACAGUUACAGACAAACUAUGUGUGUCAUGAACAAAAUCGCUUAUA